UUACUCCCGGUUGGUCGCGCGCGGCGGCCGUUCCACCCUUAUUCGAUUUGGUUCGCUGGAGGUGGUUGCUGCGGUCUGAUAAUGGAAGCGGCAUACAGCAUAGUUGGAGGCAGCCUUGUUUAGGUUGAAACAAAGCCAGGGGAACUAUCAAUCAUUGUUGCUGAACCUUCAGAGACAAAGAGUUUGAUGUCAAUCAGUACUUCCAUUUGAGGCAUCCAACUGCAAAGCAACAUCAACAGUCACACAAUGGAGUAUGAAACUGUGCGCUUCAUCAGCUGGACUGGCUUCCGGAUUGCUGUGAUACUGGCUGUCCACUAUUUAUUCACCAUGUUGGAUCUCUUUUUGGGAUGUUUGGCCAUGAUCCUGGUCAUCCCAUCAGCUGUAGUUUUGUACUAUCACAUUCCAACUCCUCCCAAAACAACAGUCCAAAAGAUAUUUAACAGGCUGGAUAAAUUCAUGGUGGGUGCCCACCGUGCUGCUUGCCUGGAUGCUCCUGAGAACAGCUUAGCUGCACUGUACAAGUGCAAUGAGCGGGGCUGCCAGCUGAUUGAGUUUGACCUGAGCUUCACAUCAGAUGACCAAGCAGUGGUGUUCCAUGACAACACUGUGGACCGCAUCUCUGAUGGCAGUGGCAGCAUCAGCGCUCUGACAUGGAAUGAGCUGAAACAGCUAGACAUCAAUGCAAAGCAUCCAAAAAAGGCCGAUUUUCCCGCCAUACGGGUGGCGCUACUCAGCGAAAUGGUGGAAGAAUGCCUUCGACUAGACCUUCUCUUUAUCAUCGACAUUAAGGCCCCAGAUGCGAGGGCUCCCGGUGCUGUCCUAGCACUAUACGAGAAGUUCCCCAAGAUGUAUGAAAUGGCAAUGGUCUCCUCGUUCUACCCGCAAGUCAUCUACGAGAUCCGGCGGCGGGACCAGCAGGUGGUGGCCUGCAUGGCCUGGCGACCCCACUUCUGCGCUUACGGCGAUUACUCGCCACAGGAAGGCCCCACACAGCGCCGUUACCAGAACCCCCUGAAGCAUGUGGCAGCCUCGGCGUUGGACAUCGUGCUGGCGGGCUGGGCCAUGUCGCUCCUGCCGUACCUGUGCGGCCUCUCCGUGCUGCUGCUGCACAAGGACAGCGUCACGUCGGCCUCGGUGCGGCGCGCCCACGAGCUCGACCUGCGCCUCAUCGCCUGGACCGUCAACGACCCCGUGCAGAAGGCCUACAUGGCGCGGUACCUGAAGGUGGCCUACCUUACUGACACGCUCAGCGACGACCAACAGCUGGCGGCGGACGCGUAAACUGCCUCUGGCCAGCACCUCUGGCGGUGGACGCGUGAACCGUCUCCCACUGGCGCCUCUAGCGGCGGACGCGUAAACCGCCUCCCACUGGCGCCUCUGGCGGUGGACGCGUGAAUUGGCUCCCGCUGGAGCCUCUGGCGGCAGACACGUGAACCGCCCCCUACUGGAGCCGCUGGCGAUGGACACGUGAACUGCCGGCCAUGGCAGCAGGGAGGAGGGGGUACGAAAAGCUGACCUGUCGCCCGGUGGCGACAGGUGAAGUUACGAGGCACGCGGGGAGCACUAGACGACCAUCGUACUGGCGCGAGGGUUAAAUGCCGCAUGUUGUAUUGGACGUACCAGAAUCUCCGAAUAGCGAUGGUCUUUGACGUAGAGCGACGCUUAGACAGUGACCUGACAUGACCGACGUGAAAAAGUGUGUCAAUAGCAAAAUCUUAAACGCAGUGUGAUUGCAAACAAUGAAUGGUCAUAUAACGUAUAAUCAUCAACGAAUCAUAUAACGUGCAUUAUUCGAUCCCCUCAAGUGUCCAAUGCGUCUCAUUUGUUGCGGUUCUUGAAGCUCGUCUGGUGAGUCAUGCCAACUCUCUUAGUUAUGUCGGUUCGCUGCUUGCUGAACGGCCCGGCACAUCCGAUGGUGUGAGACCAUUUUCCUUGCUUGAGCCAGCCCAUGUCAUGCAUGAAGUCAGUAAAGCUAAAAAUGCGGGAGCACUGGUAUACACUUUUAAAAGACGAACCCCAAUGUAUCCCCAAUUUUAAUCGGUCUAAGUUAAGAAAGGUGUGGCUUGGGCCAAAUGGCGACGCCCAAGCAUCGGCAGUUCAUCAAAAACGGGACAGAGGCAUGCGUCUUCCUAAUGUAGGAAGAACGCAUGUCCCUGAAUCACAGAAGGCAUGCGUCCCCCGCCGAGUCGCAGCGAUGUUCUCGGCCCGUGUGAUGACAAGACACAGGGAAGCGCCGGCUGGGACUUGUGCGCUUUUUUAGUCUGAGGACGGACGUGUUUGACUAGUGUAGGCCAGCACCGAGUGAAUGCUCAAGGUGCGAAGCGCGUUUUGGUCCCGUAUGGAGGUGGCAAAAGGAACUGAGCUAACCGCGAUUCAUUUAAAACACGACGUCAGUCUCUGAGCAAUAAGUUGCAUCUACUUAAGCCUGCCUUGAAUCUGCCUUACGUGGGCGCGAUAUCUGUAGUGGUGUUUACGGAUGCGUACCAUGCAGAUCAAAACAGCGUACGUUGCGGAACGGUCUGACUUCUCCGAGGUAUAUAUGCCGGACAGGACAAACAUAAUCAACACAGGACAUUGGCGGGCUUGUGUUGUAAGUUCGAUACCAGUCGACUCACUAGCAGCCGUGACACAGACAUGCGGGGAUGUUGAUAUUUUUAACCAAAGAGUUAUGUCCAUAGCGGCGCCCUGCUUCCUGUAGUUUACCAAUGGUAAGCGGUCGAUAGUUGUUCGCACGUUGGAACUGUGAGGGCUUACUGAACACGUAGGUUUCGGUUGAUGUUGUGUUUAGACCUGUAGCUGAUCGCUGGGAGGGGUAGUGCAGGGUGGGUACAGUGCAUGUACGGGAAUUUUCAAGGCAUAGUUACGUCAGCUGCUUAUGAUAGCGCCUGGACCUUUUUUUGGGUUAUCCCUUGUCAAGGGACCGGCGUUC